AUGGCUGGACUGGCUGGGUUAGAUCGCAAGACCAUGGAGGAAGAACGGCUCGCACGCCUGGGUCGGAAGCGCGAGCGCUCGAUAUCACCACCAGGUCAUCGAGAUGCGAGGAAAGCUGUCAAGCUCGAGACUGUAGAUGUGGAUGAGUCAGUCGUCUCGCUGCCUAGCGGAGCGAUGUUAAAGUCAUUCUCGACAAUCGUUUCCGACGACCAGAAAGGACGCAAGUCAGCAACAGCAAACGCAGCCAACCAGAAAAUGACAAACGGCCAUUCGAACGCAGAGACGGAGAGCUCUGGCAACACCGCGGGAGCAGCCCACAAUAAUCAUAGUCGUCUCCAGUACCCUAAUGGCGCUGUCAAGAGGACCUGGGCCUUCGGCUUCGAGCGCACCGGCGACGAUGUCAAGCUCGAAGAGGUCUUAGAGGCUCGCACGCUUCAUACAGCAGUCCUCUCAGCUUACCAGUGGAAUACCGACUGGGUGCUCUCCAAGCUCAAGGUGCCACCGAACGGGAAGACCAAAUUAAUUUUUGUCAUGCAGGCAAAGGAAGACGAUCUACGUCGCCAGAUGAUCGAGCAGACGGAGAAUGUAAGAUCUUACCUACGACUAUGCUUCCCGUCAAUGGAAGGUCAGAUCAACUGCAUGCAUUCGAAGCUUAUGCUCCUCUUCCAUCCAAACAAGCUCCGCAUUGCUAUUCCGACCGCCAAUCUUCUAGACUUUGACUGGGGCGAGACGGGCGUGAUGGAGAACAGCGUCUUCAUGAUCGAUCUACCACGACAUGCAGAACGGUCUGCAGCAAAGGACAGAGAGCUCAACCCUUUCUGCUCCGAGCUGCUUUACUUCCUCGAAAAGCAAGACAUCGACAAAGACGUCAGAGACGGUGUGCUCAACUUCGACUUCAGUGCCGCAGACGGCAUCGCCUUCGUGUACACUGCUGGUGGCAGCAAUCUGGGCGAUGAAGCUGGGCGCACAGGCUUUCCAGGACUUUCUCAAGCUGUCCGCCAACUCGAUCUACAGACCGAUGAAGGAUUACAGAUUGACUUCGCUGCAUCAUCAAUCGGCUCCUUGAGCGACGAUCAACUCCGGAACAUGCACUCUGCCGCGCAAGGCGUGGACAUGAUCAAGGCAGCGAGUGGAGCAGCGUCCAAAGCACAGGCAAACUUCUUCAAGCCCAAGGCCGGAGGGCCGGCGGCUUCAUCCGCUGUUAAGCCUAAGAUACGCGACAUGAUGAGAAUCUACUUCCCCACCCACGAAACUGUCAAGGCUUCCAAGGCCGGUGCUGCUGGCACCAUCUGCAUCAACAGAAGAUGGUGGGAGGAGAUGCGCUUUCCGAGGUCGUGCUUCCGGGACUAUCAAUCGACGCGGACGGGGUUGCUGUCGCACAACAAGAUUCUGUACGCCAGAGGCAAGCAGAGCGACUCCAAAGGACCAGGCAAGGAUGUGGCAUGGGCUUACGUCGGAUCGGCCAACAUGUCCGAAUCGGCAUGGGGCAAGCUGGUCUAUGACAAGAAGGCAAAGUCUUGGAAGUUGAACUGCAGGAAUUGGGAGUGUGGUGUCUUGUUGCCGGUGUCCGACGAGAAGAUCGCCCAGCACACCAAGCAGGACAGAAAGACGGUAGUGAAGCAAGAGAAGGUAGCUGGAGACGAUUCAGAGACGGAAAGCGAAGACGAGGCUGUGACGACACACAAAACGACAACAUCGAAGAUCGUUGAUAUCGAUGUGUUCGACAAUCUCGUGAAGCCACCCUUUCUGAUUCCAGGCAAAGAGUAUGCUGGCCGCGAACCGUGGUACUUCCAGGAGCAAGAUUAG